GAGGAGGUGUCACCAGGGCGCAGGUGAAACCGACUCCGACCUCUCCCGGGACUCGCGCGGCUGGGCCUCGCGUCCCCCCGGGGCUGCCAGGGAGCCGCCUUCUCCUUCCGGGGUCGCCCCUGGGGACCCCCGGCCCCUGGCGCGCUCGGGACCCCGCCCGCCCGGAGCACAGGUGACCCCCAGGCCGGACCGGCCGCCGCAGCGAUGGCCCGGGAGCUGAGCCAGGAGGCGCUGCUGGACUUCCUGUGCCAGGCGGGGGGCCGGGUGACCAACGCCGCGCUGCUCGGCCACUUCCACAGCUUCCUGCGCGACCCCGCCGCGCCCCCGGAUCUGCGCGAGCACCGCCGCCAGCUCUUCAAGGGCUUCGUCAACUCGGUGGCGGCCGUGCGCCAGGACCCCGACGGCACCAAGUGCGUGGUGCUGCGGCGCAGGUACCGGGACCUCGUGGGGGAGGGGCCAGGGCUGGGGGCGCUACCCGGGGCGCAGAGGCGCGGGGCGCGCCCGUGUCCUGCCGCUGCCCGGGACCAGCUGGGGACCCCGAGCCCCGGACCCCCACAUCCUCAGGGCCAGCGCCCUGCGCCCUCUGCCCAGGACCAGCUGGGGACCGCGAGCCCCGGACCCCCGCAUCCGCAGCGCCAGCACCCUGCACCCCCGACCCAGGAUCAGGCGGGGACCCGGAGCCCGGAGAUCCCGCAUCUGCAGCGCCAGCGCCCUGCCCCCUCUGCCCAGGACCAGCCGGGGACCCCAAGCCCCGGGCCCCCCUAUCCUCAGCGCCAGCACCCUGCGCCCCCGGCCCGGGACCAGCCAGGGACCCCGAGCCUCGGACCCCCGCAUCCACAGCGCCAGCACCCUGCACCCCUGGCCCGGGACCAGCAGCCGGGAACCACGAGCCCGGAGAUCCCGCAUCUGCAGCGCCAGCACCCUGUGCCCUCGGCCCAGGACCAGCCGGGGACCCCGAGCCCCGGGCCCCCCCAUCCGCAGUGCCAGCACCCUGCGUCCCCUGCCUGGGACAGGCCCGAAACGGUGACACCGGGGACCCCGAGCCCCAAGACUUCACAUCUGCAGCGCCAGCAGCCUGCACCCUCUGCCCAGGACUGGCCAGAGCCGGUGACGCUGGGGACCCCGAGCGCCGAGACUCCACAUUUUCAGUGGGACAACCCUGCAACCCCGGCCCGGGACAGGCCGGAGCCGGAGACCCCAAACUCCCUGUACCCCGAGACCGUGCACCUGCAGCUGCAGCGCACGCGAGAGUGGGUGGUCAGACACCAACAGAUGCCUGAGCCCACGGACCCGGGCCCAGUCCGGGCCUGGUCAGUGCUACCAGAUGACUUCCUUCAGCUGCGCUCAGAACAGGUUCGGGGCCUCUUUCCAGGGGUCCCCGCCGAGUCCUCGGAGCCCUGGCUGGGGAAGCCUCCACCGACCGUCUUUCGGAGCAUUCGCUGUCAGCUGUCCUUGCAGGAUCUGGAAGACUUUGUAGACCAGGAGAGCCACGGCAGUGAGGAGAGCAGCAGUGAGCCCAGAGAGUCCCCUGGGGGCUCAGAAGAGGGGGUGCAAGCUGUCCUGGGAGGCCUCUCUGCAUCCCCAAAGAAAAGCAUUGCCAGCCCAAGACCUCAGGACCUUGGAAGGGGCAGUCACCGUUCCACACAGGCCCCACCAGGGGCUCCCAAGACCCGAAGGUCCUUCAGGAGGAGUCCUCAGGCAGGGAGGGCCACUCUGUCCUCCUCUGAUGAGGAGUGCCUUGAUGAGGACUUGCUGAAAAGUAUUCGUCGCCCCCCUCGACUCAGGAAACCUUCUAAGGCAGGACCAGUGCCCAGCCCAAGGGUGGAUGCUCCUUUGACACCAAAACUGGCUGGCAUUAAGGCUGUUGUGGCUGAGCCUGGGAGGUCACACAGUGGGCAGGUCCCCAGUAGGGAAGGGCCUGCAGCCUUGGUACCUCACCGACCUUUUGAGCACAAGUCAUCCCUGGUCCCCUUAGAAUCCAGGGAACAUGAUUGGAUUGUGAAGCUUGCUAGUGGCUCCUGGAUCCAGGUGUUGGCUUUGUUCCGGGAGGACCCCCAGCUGGCUCUGCACAGGGACUUCCUGACUGGCUACACAGCUCUGCACUGGAUCGCCAAGCACGGAAGCCUCCGCGCCCUCCAGGACCUGGUCUCAGGGGCACGGAAAACCGGGAUUGUGCUUGAUGUAAAUGUGAGGUCCAGUUGUGGGUAUACCCCACUGCACCUUGCCGCCAUUCAUGGCCAUCAGGGAGUGAUCAAAUUGCUCGUGCAAAAGUUGGCAUCUCGGGUGAAUGUCCGGGACAGCAGUGGGAAGAAGCCCUGGCAGUAUCUGGCCAGUAACACCUCUGGGGAAAUAUGGCAGCUACUGGGAGCCCCUCGGGGCAAGCCCAUUUUCCCUGUACAUCCCUUAGUCCAAAACUCUUCCUCUACCGGGAAAACCAAGAGUCGGGAGACAUCUAGACACAUUACCCGGAAGACUUCCUUGGCUGCAUUGCUCAAAAGUCAACACAACAAAUGGAAAUUGGCCAACCAUCAAGAGAAAUUCUCCACCCCGAGGGAGCGGGAGGAGUACAGCGACUAGGUGGCCCCUCUCCGCGUGUCCCCCCCCAUUUCUGAGCUUCUCAGUGAGAAUUUGGGGAGAUAGAAGAAGGUGGAGGAGCUGCUAAGGAGGGAGGUUGGCAAUGGACUAGGGGUCAUCUCUGCUUUUGAACCUUUCCUUGAAACCUGGACCAGGGGACAGAGCCAGGCCUUCAAAACGCAGCUGUUCCUCCUUCUCUUCUGCCAGGGUAGAUCUGGUCAGAGUAAGUCACACUGCUUUCUGUAGCUACAACCCCAGGCCUCAGCAGGAGAAGGAACAGAUGUCUAACAAAAAGAGACAUAGUUCGAGGAAUUGACAAAGCUCAGGCGAAAUGCUCUCUGGCUAGUAGUUCUCUGGCUUUUCUUCAUUUGGAGAAGAAAUCUUGGCUGAGAGUGGAAAGCACCAGGUUUGAAACCAGAUGGCUUUCUCUUUGUCUUUAUGUGCUUUUUGGCAUUCAAAUGAACGAAAUAAGAUUAUUACUGGAGAGUAGAACUUGACUGAGGAGAUUCUGCAGCCCUGUCCUGAAGCCCUCUUCUCAUCCCACCUGCGGUGGUGGAUGUGGGCCAUGAUUCGCACCUCUUCUGGGUGUCUUCUGCACUGACCAGAGAAGCAGGGGGGUGAGACCCGCCUGUGACCUUCACUCCCCGCCCUGAGAAAUGAGUGGCUUUCAGGCUCUGCUUUUUGGUAUCAAGCCAAAGGGAACUUUGUGAAUAUAAAAACCAUGUGGCUUAUUUGCAUAGUGACUGAAAUUGUUUUCUAGGGAAACUCCCUGUGUGACAAUCAGAAUCAUCAUUAGUAGUUUUCAGUAGGUUUGAAUGGCCAAGUGUUGGUCCUCACAAAAGAGAGGAACAAUUGCUUUCUGGGGAAGCAGUAAGAAUAUGGGGCAGGGUGAGAAUGGCUCCCCACCACAACUUUUCUAAGCUGCUAAGUAUAACUUUAUUUGCACUAAACUUGUUGCCAAUUAAGAUUAAAUAUUAGGCUUGAAGUACUGUAUAUCUAACAGGAAGUAUCUGAUCACUGUGGGCCCUGGGGUGAGGGAACAACUAGUCCAGCCUAUAAACCGUAGCACAAGGGUGAGAUUGCUGAAUGUCAAUCCAAAGAAGGCUGAAAAAUUCAACGUUCAGGUGGAGAUUAAGUUUUUAUGGUAACGUUGUCAUGUGUGGCAGCAGUGUUGCUGUGUUCUUAAGUAUUCUUGUGUUUCUUCUGGUUCUAUUCUCCCAAUGAAAGAUGAGCAGAGCUUUAUAAUUUAUUAUACCAUACUUUUGCUGAUUAUUGUUAAUGCUCUUAAUGUAUUUUAUCAAAAUUGUGUCUCAAUGAAUAUCAAAUAUUUUUGUUUCUUUGUA